AUGAAAAACAAGGGCUCACUUGAAGAUGCUGUGCAAGGCAAAGGAGUUCAUAUCGACAGCGACAAUCGCAUAUGCUGGGAUGAUGAUGCGGACCAACAUCCCCGGAACUGGAGCUUCGGAACCAAGACAUAUACUGCGGCUCUUAUAUGCUGGUUGGAGAUGUACAUGACGGCAAUCAGCUCCUCUGGGACGGCUACUGCAGACUCAGCACGAGAGGAGUAUGGUGUCAGCAGAACGAUGGCUUAUUUCGUCUUCGUCACCAUAUACUUGCUGGGUCAAACCAUAGGUAGCAUAUUCUGCUCACCCAUCUCAGAGGUAUUCGGACGACGAACCAUAUAUAUCCUUGCAGCAGCACUUUUCUGCAUCUCUUCAGCUAUAGUGGCCGCGGUGCCGUCAAUAAUCGGCGUUUACUUUGGUCGAUUCUUCCAGGGCGUGGCUGCGGCGAUCCCUGCAACUGUCGCUUUUGGCAACUUUGACGACAUGUACAACGCUGAGCAUAGGAUCUGGGUCGUCUACAUCUAUACCAUCCUUGGUAUGCUGGGGCUGGCAUUAGGCCCUAUUUACUCUACAUACAUCACCUCGAGCAUAGGCUGGCGCUGGGUAUACUACAUCUCUACAAUCGUCAUGGGUGCCACAGCUUUUGCAUGCAUCUUCACGAAGGAGUCAAAUGCAAACCAAUUACUCGACAAGAUUGUCAAAGAAGUACGGGAAGAGACUGGAAUCGAAGAUAUCAAGUCUAGCAAUGAAGACGGAGAAAAGUUUACACUGUCCAGCUUUGUGCAGAACGCUCUCUUCCGACCCUUGCAGUUCCUUGUCAUGGAUCCCCUGGUCUUCUUCUGCGCCGUACUAUGCGCUAUCGCAUUCGGUCUCAUCUACGGCUUGACAGAAUCAUUGACCAUCGUCUACACCGCGCCACCAUUCAACUUUUCGCAGAACAGCUCCUGUCUCGCAUUCCUCGCCAUUGCAAUUGGCGAGGUGCUCAAUAUCCUUCCCCGGAUAUACGACGCUCAAAUAUACAAGAAGUACCGCAGAACCCACAGGCGCAUCCUCCCCGAGAGCAAAAUCGCCUCGUUCGCCAUCGCAGCUCCAUCUCUUGCUAUCGGUCUAUGGCUCUUCGCCUGGACGAUUCCACCGCGGGUCACGAAUGUUCCAUGGCCUGUCAGCAUGAUUGGUCUGGUGAUGAUCGGAUUCAGUGCCAAUGAUUUUAGUUACGUGCUUUUUGGAUACGCCACUGACAGCUACGGUGAAUGUGCUGCCAGUGCUGUCAGUGCCAUCAGCUUGACGCGCACACUGACAGCAGCGGUGUUUCCUCUCUUCACUCACCAGAUGUAUACGGGGUUGGGUAGCAAUGUUGCAACGAGCAUCUUGGCCGCGGUGGCGAGUCUGUUUGCGUUCACGCCAUUCUUAUUCUUGAGGUGUGGAUCAAGAUUGAGACAUCGAAGCAAGUUUGCGGCGGAUGAUGAGCAGGCUCUGGAGCAGGAGAACCUUCACAUGAAGGAUAAGGACUAA